UGAGGCCUGUUGGCGCCAGUGCUGCCCGGCUCCCCGCACAGCCGGCUGCGCAGUGGUCUGCUGCUGUCGCCGGGGCUGGUUCGCGUUCCCGACAGAACGCAGUGCUUUCUCAGCUGCUGGUUGUGGCCUGGCCAAGCCGUGGCUGCCGCAGCCACAGCCAAAGCAGCCUUGGCGCCAUGGAGGUGCUCAGGGCUGCCCCUCAGCCGUACUUGGGGCUGGUCCUAGAAAAGCUACACAGGAUUGUGGCAGCAUUGCCUGAAGAUCUGAGGCAAGGUCCUAAUCUCUAUGGUUUUCCAUGGGAAUUGGUGAUAUGUGCGGCUAUUACUGGAUUUUUUAUUUUUCUCUUGUUUUCGUGGAGAUGUUUUCAAUCGGUUAGAAGCCGGCUUUAUGUAGGAAGAGAGAAAAAGCUUGCUGUAAAGCUUUCUGAACUAAUUGAAGAAAAAUGUAAACUACUUGAAAAAUUUAGCGUUGUUGAAGAGGAGUAUGAAGGCUUAGAGUCAGCUUUGAAGGAUGCCAGCUUUGAGAAGGAGUCAACAGAAGCACAAAGUUUGGAGGCAACCUAUGAAAAGCUGAACAGGUCCAAAUCUAAACUUGAGGAUGAAAUACUAUUUCUAGAAAAAGAAUUAAAAGAACAGAAAUCUAAACACUCUGAACAAGAUGAAUUGAUGGCAGAUAUUUCGAAACAGAUACAGUCCCUAGAAAAUGAAUCAAAAUGCAUCAAAUCACAAGUAGCUGAAGCCAAAACAACCUUCAAAAUAUUUCAAAUGAAUGAAGAACGUCUGAAGGUGGCAAUGAAAGAUGCUUUGAAUGAAAAUUCCCAACUUCAGGAAAGCCAGGAACAGCUUUUGCAAGAAGCUGAAGUAUUGAAAGAACAAGUGAAUGAACUUAAUAAACAGAAAAUAACAUUUGAAGACUCCAAAGUACAUGCAGAGCAAGUUCUAAGUGAUAAAGAAAAUCACAUCAAGUCUCUGACUGAACGCUUGCUAAAGAUGAAAGAUUGGGCUGCUGUGCUUGGAGAAGAAGUAAUGGAUGAUAACUUGGAAUUGGAAAUGAAGAGUGAAUCACAAAAUGGUGCUCACUUAGAUAAUCAGCCAAAAGGAGCUUUGAAGAAGCUGAUUCAUGCUGCUCAGUUAAAUGCUUCUUUAAAAACCCUAGAAGGAGAAAGAAACCAAAUUUACACUAAAUUAUCUGAAGUAGAUAAAACAAAGGAAGAGCUUACAGAGCAUAUUAAAAAUAUCCAGAUUGAACAAGCAUCUUUACAGUCAGAAAAUACACAGUUGGAAAGUGAGAAUCAGAAGCUUCAGCAGAAACUUGAAGUAAUGACUGAACUGUAUCAAGAAAAUGAAAUGAAACUCCACAGGAAAUUAACAGUAGAGGAAAAUUACCGGUUAGAGAAGGAGGAGAAACUUUCCAAGGUAGAUGAAAAGAUCAGCCAUGCAGCUGAAGAACUGGAGACCUAUAGAAGCCGAGCCAAAGAUCUUAAAGAAGAAUUGGAGAGAACCAUUCGUUCUUAUCAAGGGCAGAUUGUUUCCUAUGAGAAAAAAGCGCAUGAUAAUUGGUUGGCAGCUCGGACUGCUGAAAGAUACCUCAGUGAUUUAAAGAAAGAAAAUGCUUACAAGAGACAAAAAUUAACUGAAAAAGAGUUUAAAUUUGAACUUUUAGAAAAAGAUCUUUAUGCACUUGAUGUUCCAAAUACAGCAUUUGGCAGAGAGCAUUCCCCAUAUGGUCCCUCACCAUUGGGUCGGCCUUCAUCUGAAACGAGAGCUUUUCUCUCUCCUCCAAUUUUGUUGGAGGGUCCACUCAGACUCUCACCUUUGCCUCCAGGGGGAGGAGGAGGAAGAGGCUCAGGAGGCCCAGAGAAUACUCUGGACCAUCAGAUUACCAAUGAAAAAGGAGAAUCAAGCUGUGAUAGGUCAACUGAUUCUCAUAGAGCACUUUCUGACACUGGGUCCUUGUCACCUCCAUGGGAACAGCACCGGAGGAUGAUGAUCCCUCCAUCAGGCCAACCAUAUUCUGAUCCAGCUCUCCUUCCACAAAGGCAAGACAGAUUUAAUUCUAAUUCUGGUAGGCUGUCUGGACCAGCAGAGCUCAGAAGUUUUAAUAUGCCUUCUGUGGAUAAAGUGGAUGGGCCAAUGUCUUCGCAAAUGGAAUCCAAUAGAAAUGAUACCAAAGACGAUCUUGGUAAUGUAAAUGUGCCUAAUUCAUCUCUACCUGCUGAAAGUGAAGCAACUGGUCCUGGCUUUGUUCCUCCACCUUUUUCUGCAAUCAGAGGUCCAUUGUUUCCAGUGGAUACAAGGGGUCCAUUCAUGAGAAGAGAACCUCCUUUUCCUCCACCUCCUCCAGGAAGCAUGUAUGGAGUUCCUCGAAAUUAUUUUCUACCAAGGGUUUUCCCUGUCCAGCCACCUCCUCCAUUUGCAAUGAGAAAUGUCUAUUCACCGAGGGGUUUACCUCCUAAUGUUCCUCCAAGAGCUGGAUUUUUCCCUCCACCCCCGCAUUCUGAAAGUAGGAGUGAGUUCCCUUCAAGAUCAGUUCCACCUUCAAAUGAGCCUACUACUGAUCCAGAACCACAGCAAGAAGCCUGACAAUAUUGUUGGUCUCUCUUAAUAAAUAAUUUUGACUUAUCUCUCAUUUUCAGUUUAAGUAACUACUGUUACUUAAAUGAUUAAACUUUUACUCAAAUUGAAACUUAAUGGAAUUAUAAUUCUCAGGAUAGUAUUUUGUAAAUAAAGAUGAUUUAAAUAUGAAUUUUAUGAGUAAAUUAUUUUCAUUUUAUUUUAUCCCAGGUAGUAUAAUUAUUUUAAUUUGAUUAACUAAUCCACUAUUACAUAAACAAUAAUGGGAAUUUUAUAUAUGUAAUCUUGCAGUUGGGGAUGUUUUAAACUCCAAAGCCUGUGUCUUUAUGCCAAGAAUUGUAUUUACUCUGGUUGUAGACAAAUGUGAAGGUAACUUUAUGCUUAAUUAAAUAAAUUUUAAUUGAUUUAAA